AUGGGGCAGUGGGAGCAACAAUGGCAGGAGGAGAAAUCGCAGGAGCAGGCAACAACAGAAGAAGCAAUGACAGGUGCAACCUUGGCAGGAGCAGCAGUGGAGAUGGGGAGAGAGGCGAUGCGGCAGAGUGAGGGGUUUCAGAGUAUGGAGGACGAGGAGUGGAGGGAGCGACAGAAGGUGCUGCAGCAGCAGGCGGAGGAGGCUCAGGCUGAGAAGAGAAGGAGGAGGGCUGAGCGUGCCGAACGUGAGAGGCUGGAACGGAUGCAGGCUCGGCAGCAGAAGCGGGUGGAGGAGGUUCGACAGCAGCAGGAGCAGGUGGAGCGGGCAUCUGGUCUCAAGGACCAGCUGAGAGCGUCAGUCCACGCUGACCUUGUCAAGCGCCUGGCAGGGUGCCGUGACUUUGCGUCAGUCCUUGAUAAAAUCGGGAUCAAAGUGGACGGCAUGCCACAACCAUCGACUCAGCAGGUUGAAGCAUCUUUCAAGAAGGCGCUGCUUCGGUAUCACCCGGACCGGAUGGCGAGGCUCGGAGCAGGAGCGGACGUUCGGAAGCAGGUAGAGGCAGAGGAGACGUUCAAGAUGAUGCUGGAGAAGAAGAAAACGCUUCCGCUUGUUGCACCACCUGCUGCACCUGCUGCUGCCCCAGCUUACCCGGACUUUGGUCUGCCCAAGUAUCACAAGUUUGGCAGGAGACGUUAUUAUUACUAA